AUGUGGUUUGUGAUUUUUCAGGUACUAUUAGUACUAGGAAUAUCAUUCGUUGACUGUCAGUCUUUUAACACUGAUUUGAAUACAGUUUUAGGUUGCGCCCCCAAAACCAAUUCAUUAUCCAAAGGUUUUUCUGUAUCUUACUACCAUUAUCCCCUGAUACCAAGUGGUUCAUCUGGAUGCUACGUGGAUGAUCGUAAAACUUUUUUAACGGAUGAAUAUCUACAUGGUGGUUAUGCAACAUAUGGAGGUGGCUUAAUCGGAAGUAGUACGGGCGUGACUAAUUUAACAUUUCACUUUCAUUUCCCGGGUGGCUGUUUGAGACCUAUAUUAGGCAGUUUGCCAUCUAAUUACAAUAAUCCGCCUCAGUUUUCCAUGUCCAAUUUUUCUAUGUUGAUUACGGGGUACUUCUUCGCUCCAAAAACAGGUUUAUAUGAUUUUGUUAUAACCAAUGGGGACGAUGUCAUGGAUAUAAAUAUGGGUGAUGGUAAGGCAUUUGGGUGCUGUCAGCUGGAAAGCACUAUAUCCAAUCCUGCACCCUUUGACAUUUCUGUUGUUUGGCCUUCAUCGACCGGUAGUGGCUCUUUUAAUCUAGUAGGAGGUUACUACUACCCAUUAAGGAUACUUUAUAUAAACCGCUACUAUGAAGCUAUUAUAGCAAUGUCUUUUAAGGAUCCAGAUGGUGUUGUGCAUAACAAUUUCGACGGAUACGUGUUUACAAUCCCUGAUGGAGAAAAGUGCCCCGCUCCAGUUGCUACUACGACUUUACCAUGGACAUUUCAAUCCACUGCCACUGGAACCGCUAUUGGAACCACUACUGGUGUAGAUGGUGAAGCCAUAACUGAAGAUUUUAUCGUGGUCAGACUUCCACAUAUUGAAACUGCUAUUGCAAUUAAUACACCAUGGACUGGUACUUACACGACCACUGUAGCAACUGCUACCACCACAGUAACUGGUUCUGACGGAAUACCAACUAUCGAAACCAUUUUUAGUGUAGAGAUUCCUCAGGUCAAAACAGCCACUACAGUUAAUAAACCAUGGACCGGUACUUACACCACCACCUACUCCACUGAUAUUUCCACAGAGACUGGUGCUGACGGCAUACCAACUGUCAGAACCAACUUCCUUGUCGAGACUCCUGAGAUUGAGACCGCUGUGACCAAAGUUAUACCAUGGACUGGGAAAUACACCACCACAUAUUCAACUAAUAUUGCCACGGAGACUGGUACUGACGGAAUACCAACUGUUAAGACAAACUUCCUUGUAGAGACUCCUCAGGUCGAAACAGCAACCACAAUCAACGCAGGAUGGACUGGUACUUACACCACAACUUACUCUACCGAUAUUUCCACAGAGACUGGUGCUGAUGGAGUACCAACUGUUAAGACGAACUUCCUUGUCGAGACUCCUCAGGUUGAAACAGCCACUACCAUCAAUGCAGGAUGGACGGGCACUUACACCACCACAUAUUCGACUGACUUUGUUACUGUCACAGGUAGUGAUGGUAUCAUAACUCUCCAAGCUGUGUACCAUGUGCAAACACCUACCGUUAAACUUUCCAAAUUCGAUAAUUUGUCACGAACAAGUAACGAUACACAAGCUUAUUCUACCAACACUAUAGCUACCACAGGCGCCGACGGUGUUCCCACUGUCCACCCCACCUUCAGUGUCGAUGCUUCAGAGAUUGGAAGUAUCUCUACGGUUAUUUCGCCAUGGACUGGAACAUAUACCACCACUUACUCAACUGAACUAGUUACAGCCACCGGUACUGACGGUAUUAUAACUGUCCAAGCAGUGUACCAUGUGAAAACACCAAGUACUGGAACCACCAAUACCAAAAACAGUACAUGGAUCAGCAACUAUAUCCAAACAUACCCCACUGGCGGUAUAGGUAGUAGCAGUGCUGAUGGUGUUUCCAAUGUUCAGACCGCUAUUCAUGUCAAGACCGGAGAGGCAGGAAACGCCAUGAAAAUCAAUAUCCCAUGGACAGGCACUUACACCACUACCUACUCAACAGGAGCCUUCACUUCCACUGGUUCUAACGGUAUACAGACUGUUCAAACGGCGUUCUACGUUAAAACUCCAGAGAUGGGCUCUUCCAGUUUUGGAUACAGUAACACUUCAAGUACUACUUCCCAUGGUACCGAUUCAAAUGGUAAUAAAAAUCUUCAAUCUGAAACAUCCAACCCAUUAGUUAGGGUAUCUGUUACCUCCGGAAAUGUGAUAGGCCAUUCCACGGCAGAGACAAACUUGCCAAUAUCUCAAGAAACAAGUUCUAAUCGACCAACGACUUCUAAAAACGAUGACGGUCCAGUACCAGAAAGACGUAGUACUGCAAACAUCAACACCCCUCUUGGAACCACGAUGAAUGCCGUUGGGGAAACAUCCGGAGUGGUAAGUGGAAUACUUGAUACUGAAACAAGGGGAAAACAAACUAAAACAAUGUCGAUCAGUGUUGGUCAACCAGUAACAGUCAGUUCUGCAACUUCCAAGGCGACUUCUCCUCAACCAUCUUUGAAUCCAUCCAUCCCAACUUUUACGCCUUCGAUCUCUGGAGCUUCACAAAGCGCCACAUUUGAGACGCGUUUGGAAGACAAAGCCAAUAAGAUACUCAUUUCUCCUCUAGUGAUAAUAUUAUUAGCGUUCUUGUGA